CCAGAGACGCGCGACCCGAGAGCUCAUUAGGUGCCGAGGAGAUUGACUUGAGAACAGUGAAAGUACAUAUCUGUGUGUCCAGUGACCAGUGACCAGCGCCCCGCCCGCCGACGACACACCGCCCUAGAAUAGCAUCAGGAAGCCGUUUGGAUUUAUCAGGGCGUGGCGAGUGUGAGUGUGUCUCCGAGGAACGUGUUAGCAUGUGUUACUGGCGAGGGUGCCUGCAGGCAGCCUGAGCCCAGCCACGCCGCGAGAUGAGGCGGCCAAAGACACUCAUCCACCCCCUUCUCCUCCUCCCCAUCUUCCUUCUCCUGGCCUCGUCGCAUGGCAGCGGAUUAGAAGCGACUCAAGAAGGAGAUUCUUCGUUUGUUGUGUUCUCCAGCUUUCCCACAUUCUCUCCGGAAGGUGACGGCACACAAGGCAGCACGUCCCAUGCAGUUCCAGGUGCUGUCAAAAGAGAAUCAGGUCAUGAUGGCAGCAGCGCCUCGCCCCACGGUGUUCCUCUCUCGAUCAGCGAGGUCGAGGGGCUUAGCAAUGACAGAGACAUCACCACUAGUCAAGAUGACACUCCAAAUACUGGAAUCUUUUUGUUCACUACACUCAUGAAGGAUAAACAGCAUCAGACAAUCUCAGAUGCUGAGGACUCCGCAACUACAGUAGCUGCUGACGACUCUACUACCCUCUUCGAUAUGACUAUGACCGAACCAACCGUAGCACCUGUCGUCAUACAGGCCGAAAGUGUUCCGCUCACUCCUUCCUCAGCCAUCGUAGCAAAAUCACCAGAACGUCCACGAGAAAAAGAAUCUAAUAUGGACAAAUUACAUGACAGCAACAGUCAAAGCCAACCUGAUGAAACUGCACAGGCUGAGGUUUCAGUAUCCGUUGGCUCACUUGCUUCUAGACUACAAGGAUUGAGGCCAAACCCCAGACACACAACUAGGGCAGUGCAAGAAAGAGAAGAGAAGGAAGAGAAUUUCUCACAGCAGAUGACUCUGGCAGAAAGGCUGAAAGCCUUGCAAGCUAGACGUGCCCAAAGGUUCGGCUCUCUGGCUAGACGAGAUCGCGGCCAACUAAGACGCGAAAAUCUCAGACCCAAAAACACGGAUGACGCUGUACAACGGCGUCGUGGAAAUCUCGCUGCUGCACGUGCAUCAGAAGAUGAGACACGACAGAAAACAUUUUCCGUAUCAAUUGAACCCAAAGAUGUCUUCAUAAGCCCCAUGCCUGAAAAAGACAACGAAGGGGAACGUGGAAUAAAAGAAACGCAUGACCUGGUCGGUGAAGAAUCAACUCUGAGCCACACAACUCCUGAGCAGGCCAAAUCGACUUUCUCACCAGCCACCUCGGCACCUUCAAGCUCUAAUAAUAAAAAACUUCAGCGUAAAUCAUACGCCGAACGACUUCGAGAACGCCUCCAAAAGAGGCGAGAAAGAAAUCGCAAUGCCACUCUUGAAAGAUUGCGUAAUUCACGUCCAAACAGUACCGCAAGGCCACAAACACCUCGAAGACCCAAGCCAGAAGAUAACAAUCAGAGCGAAACCCUUCCUAGAAAUAACAAUCCUCGUCUCACUGCCGGUCAGCGGCGGAGACAGGAGCUACUUAAAAGGUUAAAACACCGCAGCUCUACCCCACGACCUCCUGGGCCUCUCUCCCUCAGAGAGAAAUUUGAUCAGUUGCAGAACAGAAACAGGUUCAUUCCUACCAGCAAACCUAAACAAACAACUCUUACGACUACUUCAACCACCACAGAUAUUCCUCUGAGCACGACACCGAUCACCAUGACACAACCAACUACCACCAUUAGGACAACACCAGCGCUUGUUUUCACCACAUGGCCAAUAACACAAGAGUCUGCCACAACAACGCCGAUCACAACAAGCACCACACCACAACGAGUCACGACCAUUAGAACAACACCCUCGCUUGCUUUCACCACCUGGCCAGCGACGCAAGAGUCUGAUGACGACAAUUUCCUUGUUACAGUUCCGUCAACUACUGAAGCAGAUGAAGAUUCCAGAAGAUCACAGAUCAGGCUGAUGAUUGAUGCCAUGCUAAACUCCAAAGGACUCUCUGGGACCACAACAACAGAGCAGGUCCUUUCCUUCUUAGAACAAGUAACCUCUAGACCGAUCUUCACUGAAACUACGGAAUCUCUCCGCAGUGUCACAACAGAACGCAGCAGUCACUCGAGGCCAACAUUCUCUUUUGCGGCAUCUGCUGGUAAAGAAGGCCGCCCAUCCGUUACUCACCCUCGAGAUCGCCCUACCCUGUUCCAGCAUUUUCCUUCCCUAGCAGAUAAGCUAGCAGGAUCUCACUCACCUAAGAAGUCAAAAUUUCAUCCAACGCCUCCAGCAGCAAGUGACACACCAGUAACUUCUACACAUGAAAACAAGACAUCAACCAACAACCGACGCAUCAUCAGCCUCUCCGAUCUCUUGGCUGGUGGCAAUAAUGUACGUGCCUCUGCCGAAUUGCCUCAUCGCACUGCUGAGGAAACAAAUACUGAUAGCACAACUAUAAUUUCCGAAGUGGAAACAUCUUCAUCUGCAGGUAUGACAACAGUGGGUACGGAAAUGGAUAUUUUACCGACAACACAACUAUCUAUGGAAAAAACUACAACAGAGGAUGAACGUGUCAAAGAUCUCAUCUCAAAGUUAUUGGCUCAAGGCGUGAUAACCAUGCCUGCCCCUAGUGACUCAGACACUGUGACAUCAGGUAUGGAGGGUGACCAGUCCACAACAACAAUCCCUGACACUUCCUUUGGCCUGGAGGACACUCAGGCACCACCUAGAGAAUCGAUCAAGACUUUUGAACUGGACCCUCAUAUGUCCACAGAAACUGACAAGUCCCAAACUCAGUCAGAUUUCAUGCCUCCUCUCCACUCUGAAGAGCCACAGCUUACCCGUGGCGCUCCCCGGAGGAGGCCUCCCAUCUUAUCCACAUCUUCUUCCACUGAUAGUCCCUUAGUGUCCUUAGAUGAUGUGAUGGACACCACUAUCAGGUUAAAUACCGACAUCACAGAGGUAACAGAGAUCCCACCAAUCACUACUACAUCUGAUACUAUACUUCAUACAUCGUCGCCUCACAUUCAAGAAGAAUCCACACUUCCUGACACAGGAGAUUUGGGUGAAAAUGAAAUAGAUAUCGUCAAUUCGAAAGACAAUCUACAAUCUCUGAUAAGAGGCUUUGUCAUCCCAUCUGUUCGUCCCGAACUGGCAGCAGUAAAUCACGUUCUUGGUUUCUCCUUUACAACAGAUGAUGUGGUUGACCUUGUUGAAGUUAACAUCGAGAAGCCUCAAGUGCCAGACGAUAGUGAUACUCUCUUUGACGAUAUGGAGACAGCCGCGACAGAGCAAGUUAUGAUUACCACAAGUUUUUACCAAAAUGAUGACCUAACUCCAACCCCACUCAAUCUGGAUGUAACAUCCCUCUCAGUAUCUGAAUCUUCCCCACAGAUUCACAGUACAACUGAGGCCACAGAUUUAUCCAGGGAGACUGCUACAUCGCACUUUCCAACAGUUACUGUAACGCAACCAGCUGGUGAUGAAAUGACAAUGUUUACAGAAGAGUCAAAUCCUUCCGAUGAUUUGGAACUUGGCACAACAGAGCCAAUAUCGGCCAUCACAACUUCUCAUCAGAUUAUCACAGAGUCGUCAACGAUACAAACAUCAUCAACGCCAGAUGCUAUUGUUUUCCUAGCCAAUGAAACGCCCUCUACAGACAAGGGGUCAACUCCAAAUUCAGUUUCUGCUGAUAACCAGGACAGUCUAAUACCUAAACCUCAACAGCCUGAAAGUGACAAUGUGACUGCUUCCCUCCAAAAACUGUUGCGUCAGGGUGCGUUAGACAAAGCUGAUGCUUUGCUCAAUGAUUCUACAGGUGCCUUCCAUGGGGUGUCUGAGGCAGUUAUGCGAGAAAGGCUUCAUCUUCUCAAACUCGUGAAGGAGCGAAAAGAUAGCAAACUCAACCAUGAACAAUUACGCCCUACAUCGAAAUCCCCCACGAUUACCAGUAGAUUCAGUCUUAGCGAACUGCUUCUUAAGAAAACUUCAGGAGAGAUGACCGAAUCAGAAGUAACACUGAAACCCUCUCUCAGCAGUCUUCAGCCCAAAGAGGAGACAGAGGUCACAACAGAGGCUCUUGAGCCUCAUUCCGUAGUCAGAACAACUGUGAUAGAAGAGACACAAAAAGAUACAACUAAUAGAGCAAAGACAAGUGAUGCUAUGAAACGAUUCCUUGAGCUCAACAGACACGCCUUACAGGCACUCAGAGCCAAGAAUAAAGCUACAUCAACUACCAAGGCAUCAACACUUUCUACCACUACCUCUACGACCCCUGCGACAUUGCAAACCAUUCCAAAUUUAACAUCAGAGUUAACAGAGUCAGAUAGUCAAGGAAAUUUUCCUGUAAUAUCUGAAGUCACUCCCCAAAGUCAAGUAAUUGCCUCUGAUAUUCCUGAAGAGACAGGACAGCCUCGUGAAGAAACCAAAGAGCGACCCUCGUUACUCUUGAGGCCUGUUUUACUUCGCCCACAGAAAAGCGAGAUCUCAACCCAAGAAACACCUCGAAGCCAUAUUCCAUCCACCGUCAGCCCCAUAUCAGCCUCUCUUGACGAAAUAUCUCAUCCUCCAAUGCCUACUCAGCGCUCGCGAAUCCCACCACCCUUUCGCCUGAGACGUCCUCACCCACCUACUAAGUUUUCCAUUACACGACAGCAGCAGCAGGCAGAUUCCCCACUCCCGAAAAAAACAUCAGAAGAUGCAGUGGAAAGUCAGAAGGUUAAAGUGCCUAUCACCAUCCGCCCUCUAUUACAUCCUGCAAGCAUCCCUAACACCAGCGAUGCCUCCAUUACGACAGGUAUGAUAAAAACUGAUGACCCAAACAAAGACCUUGAUAUGGUGAGGACAACACUUGGAUUUCAGUCUGCAGAAGCCCAAACAGAAAGACCAGAUGAUGAAAGGUUCACAACUUUGGCGUCAUUGCUAAAGAGGAAGCAAACCUCGAGCACCAAAUUUAAUCAUGGAAAACCAAAAACAACCUUGCUGCCUAAGACAACAACAGACAGCACGCCUGAGGUGACAAUACAGCCUGAUAACGAAACUCUUCCUCCUGUCACUCUACCUGAGCAAGAGGAAGUUACAACACAACAGUUGUUUGACGAGAACCAACCCAAGUCAGUCCCGCAAGAUGAUCAUAAUAUCUCUCUUAGACCUGCAUCUGUCAGGGGAACCUUCUUGGCGACAGAAGGAAUGACCGCUGAGCACGUGCCUCCUCCAUUCAACUUUCACAACAAAAACACAGACUUCCAGACAAGGCUUCAUGGAACGUCCAAUGGAGCCUUCAACCACGGAGUUACAUCCUUUAAUGCCCCUCCCGGCGUACCACUUCCUUUCCCUGUCACUAGUGCUCCAAAAGCUGUCUUUCCUACCACCGCUCCAGCAAUAACUUUUGAACCAACAUCCAUCCCAUCAGGGUUCCCAACUAAAGAGGAAGGACACGAUCUGGACGCAUCUACCACCACAGAUUCCCCGUUAUCCUUUCCCACCAAUCCAUUGGAUUUCGAAAUCCCUACAGAAACACCGAGCCCACCCAAACUAACCUUCGAUAUGGAUAGAAGCACUUCACCUUUAGGCUUUAACUUCCAGCUUCAUCGCAAAUCAUCAACUACAGAUGGAGGUGCUCUUACUACUGGCAGCGAUACUCAUCAAAGUAAGCCUCUGCAAGUUCUCUUUUCCACCACUACUGAAGGAACCAGAUUACCAACCUUCACACUCGGUCAAAACGAAGCAUUUUUUACAGAUGACAACGCCAAGGAAACACCCAUUAUCAUCCCAGUGACGGAGAUUCCUUUGGUCACAACGCCCAUCACCACUGCCACACCUCGUGUGAUCUUGCUCACCUUACCUGUGGCAAAUGGUUCAGUGACAGCCGACAGCCUCCUCCCAGAAACUACCUCCUUUCAGGAAGAGUCAUCUGUACCUUCUACCACCACCUUCACAAGCUCCACUAACCGCAAGAACUUGCAUCCCAAAGAGUCACUAGCUCCUCCACCAGACAUCAUGCACAUGAUAACAAAAGGCGUCACGAUUACCUCGACGGAAGGCAUCAUCGAUAGAGUACUGUCUCAUCAUGAAUCGGUGCCACAGCCGCCACCACCACCACACUCCCUUACCUUUUCGCUCCCAACCAAUCCCACCGUCCUUCAUCCAGACCAGAAUCCUCCAGAAAGCGUUUUCCAAACAGAAGCUGAGACUCUCAGCAUAAGAAUCCAGUCAGAAUCUUUGCUCAAGAACAAGGAAGAAAAGAAUCUUCAAGGCGUUGGAACAUUGAGACAGCAGCAACACGGAGUGCUUGACACAGUCAGACCAAAUCUUCAAGGAGGUCAUCUGAACCUCAAUGAACUUCGUCAACGCCAAUUAGGGGGGAAGGUAACUGCCGAAGUGUCUCACGGUUCGCAUGCAUCGUCUGGAUUACAAGAACAGCAAACACACAAUCAGAUGAUCUUAGGACAGACGAAUGCACCACGUCAACAGAUCUUUCAGGAAGGACAAUCGGUGACAGGUCAGCAAAUUUUUCAUAGUCUGCAGAAGCCUUCAAGUGAGCAAAAAGUAAUAUCAGGACAACACAAUAUAGAACAGCAUGUAGCUGAGGAGGGGCGAGUUAAAUCUAUUCAGGAGGGUCAAAUAAUACCAGAUCAACUUAAUGUUGAAGUUACACAGCGACAUAAAGAGGGACAAAGCGAUCAGCAUACUGUGGACAACCAGCACAUUCACACACAGGGACAAGAGUUACCUGGUCAGCAAGUUGUACAUCAACAUGCCAUCGAACAGAGAAAGGGACCAGCUGAAGGACAUAACCCACAACAACAACAUUCACUGAAACAAGCACAAGGAGGAUCAUUUCAGUUUGAUGCUUUGAAUCAGGACACAGUUGUACAGAGUGAAGCAAACCUUGAUGAACAUAAGAUAACGACUCACCAAAAUCCUGCUGACGAACAACUAACGCUCCAUCAGCCCACAACCGUACAAGGACAUGGCGUACCGUUGGAACAAGUCAUUGAGGUGCAAAGUGUACUUCACAGAUUAGAACAAGAACAAGGUAAGCUAAGUCAGCAUGCUCAACAACCCGAAAAACAUUUUGAUCAAAAUCUCCAGGAUCAGCAAGAUUCUCAAGGUCAACAUGACGUUCAAGGACAAAAUAUUCAAACUCAGCAUAACUUGCAAAGUAAGGUAAUCCAAGCUCAGCCCAACCCACAAGGACACAUCAUUACCAUUCAAGCUAACCCACAAGAUCAGCAUAACCAACAAGGUCAGCAUAUCCUACAAGAACAUACAGCUCAAGAUCAGCAUAACUUUCAGAGCGAUUUAAUUCACGGCCAGCAUAACCAAGAGGGACAGCAUAAUAUUCAAGGACAAAUUAUUCAAGAUCAGCAUAAACAAGAUCAGCAUAGCAUUCAAGGGGAUAUCUUUCAAGAUCAGCAUAACCAAAAUCAGCAUAGCAUUCAAAAAGAAAUGACCGAAGAUCAGCAGAACCAAGACCAACAUAAUAUUCAAGGAAAAAUCAUUCAGGUUCAGCAUGAUCAGGAUGAGCAUAACAUUCAAGGUCAGAUCAUUGGAGACCAGCAUAAUCAAGACCAGCAUAAUAUUCAAAGACAAAUUAUCCAGGUUCAACAUAAUCAAGGUCAGCAAGACCAUACGCAAGACCAGCCUAACCAAGGUCAGCAUAACAUUCAAGUUCAGCAUAACCAAGAUCAACAUAACACUCAAGAACAGAUAACUCAAGAUCACCAUAAACAGGGUCAGCAUAAGGAAGAUCAGCAUAACAUUCAAGUGCAAACUAUUCAGACUGAGCAUGACCAGGAUCAGCAUAACACUCAAGGGCAGGUUAUUCAAGAUCAGGAUAAUCAAGGUCAACAUAACCUUCAAGGGCAUAACCAGCAGAGUACUCAAGGCCUGGUUAUACAUAGUCAACAAAAUUCUCAAGAUCAGCAUAAUUUCCAAGGGCAGACAACUCAAGAUCAGCAUCACCAGCAAGGUCACCCGGAUGGUCAAACACAUAUUACUCAAGGUCAGAGUAAAAUUCAGGAAGAGAUUCACAAUCAGCACCAGCCACAAGCACAGAGCACCCAGCCUCAGCGCACACCUGAGAGACAGACACCAUCCACACAUGGGAGACAAGAACAACCAUCUUCACAGCCGCAGCGCGAACAGCCUCAGCGUAGCGAACACACAACCAAAGAACAGGAACAAAGAGACCAAGGGCAAAGUGAGGUGAGCCGCGGGCAAGCAACACCCAAACAGCCUACUCAGACUCAUCAGAAGAUUUUUCGUGGCGGACAAACAUCAACGGCCUCACAGAACCAGCAUCAACGUCAGCAUGAUGGGAGACAGCAAACAACAGAGGAAGCACAACGCCAGCCUCAACCAAAUUCCAGGAGAGGAAAAUUUAUUUCAGGUGAUGCAGUUCAGGGAGUUCAGCGAGUGGUAGUAGGGAAGCAAAGCUCCAGAGGCCGAGUGAGAGUCCAAGAUGCACUCGGCUCAGGAGGAACGAUCAUCCGAGGACAGAGUGUUGUCCCGCCUGUCAAAACAAAACAGACUUCCAACACCCGAUUUCGACCACAGCAACAGAAGGUUCAAGUGGAAACACGACGGGGACUUGCAGCAGAAGGCAGCCCUCAAGGUCCUCCACGCAACGCGCCAGCCCACCGCGGCUCCAUUGGCCACUUCAACAACUUGGCAGCCGGAUUCAUUCGCGGCCCAGCAAACUCCUUCAUUACAGGAUUUCCAAGUCAGGAACCUGAGAAUACUACAAGCGGCAAUGACGGAGACGUUCCCGUCACCAUCCUCCCCGAGGCGUUUAAGGAAGCAAGGCGGGGGUUGCCUUUAUCCCAAGACCCUGACGGAGACGAGAUCCCGGGGCAGGCCGGCAUUGACUACCCGAUCCGGACCAACAUCCCGGUGACUUCUUUCAUCUGCAGCCCCGCCAUGGCCAACAGGAUGUUUGCUGACCCCGACACGUCCUGCCAGGUGUACCACGUGUGUAGUGGCGACCACAAGUUCUCGUUCCUGUGCCCAAAGGGAACUCUCUUCAACCAGGACACGUCGGUGUGCCAGUGGUGGUUUACCGUGGACUGUGACCGCCAAGCCCGUCGCCUGGCCGAGGUGAGGGCCCUCGGCUGAGACGCCAUGGCAGCCUCACACUGAAGAAGCCAGUGAUGAGCAGAGGCUCUGGGGCGUGCGAAGUUCACUCACCAUGUACAGAACUAAGACUUUUCAGUGUUACCGAUAAAGUGCAUGACUGUCUUGUCUGAUGGAGCAGCAAGAAGCAGCUGCAGGCCUGCAAGAGGCGCAGCUCAGGCUCCAGUAAAUGUUUUCCGAGAGACUGUUUGUGCUGCAAGUCACUUUGGUCAGAACGAAGCAGUCUGUGGCGCGUUAAAUUAUGUUCUCGUGUGUAUUUGUGUUGCAGGCCAGCCAGUGUGUGUGUGUGUGUGUGUGUGUGUGUGUGUGUGUGUGUGUGUGUGUGUGUGUGUGUGUGUGUGCGCGCACCCGCCCGCGCGUUCUUGCGCGCCUGGUGUAGCCCCGUUCCCCUUAGCAGCGGGUGUCGCGGGCAGCUUCUCUUCCCUCUGUAUCAUAAUACCUUCAACGCACUGUAUCAAUAAAUGUUUCCCAUUGUUUA